GUAGAGUUCCAUGCUCGGUUCUCUCGCUUGUCUUCCGGUCGUGAUAGAAAACAUGGCUGCAGAGGGGGAUGUGGAGUUGGAAUUGGAGAAUGAGGAGAACUGCAGUGAGCGGCCGGCUGAUAAGCCUCGCAAGCAUGACAGCGGGGCGGCCGAUCUAGAGAGGGUGACCGACUAUGCGGAGGAGAAGGAGAUCCAGAGCUCCAACCUGGAGACGGCUAUGUCAGUAAUUGGAGACAGACGAUCAAGAGAACAGAAAGCUAAGCAAGAAAGAGAAAAGGAGCUUGCCAAAGUCACAAUCAAGAGGGAGGACGUGGAGCUUAUUAUGAAUGAAAUGGAAAUCCUUCGAUCAGCAGCUGAACGAAGUUUGAGGGAACACAUGGGAAAUGUAGUAGAAGCUCUUAUUGCUCUCACCAACUGAGCCAGUAAAUGACAUUAAUUAAAGAAAGUCUUCAUCUUUCCUUCAAAUUGGGAACAGGAA